AUGAGCUGUGAAGGAGUACCGCAGAAGACUGUGGGGGAGAGAGAGACGGGCAAUGGUUUGGCGGUGGAGUUGAGAGAGAACGGGAAGGAAGAAGAGUGUUUCAAAUAUGAGGGAUGGUCGAAUGGAAUAGCGAAUAAAAUGGGAGAUUUCGCAGUGGGAACUAGAGAGAGAAGGAGGAGAGCAAUAACAAAAAGGCAGAAACAGGGAGCCCACACAAGAUUCUGUUCAGGUCAGCUUACAGGGUUUGUGCUUUAUCCUCUCGUUUCAUUUCACGGCCGGGGCUGCAGGAGGGUUUCUUUCGCAUGCGAUGGGCGUCCUGAGCACCUGAGAAAUGGGCGGUGCCACGAGGUUCCUAGUGCUUCUUACCACUCCCUUCCCUCUCCUCCACCGCCGCAGCUCCUCCCUUCUCCGCCUCUCUCCUCACCGCAAGAUCAUACUCUCCUCUUUCCAUCACCUUACUUGCUCUCCUUCCCCACUCUGCCACUGCCGUCUUCUCCUCUCAAAGCUUCUGACCAGCUUCACAAUCAGGCUGCCUCCUCUGUUCGGAAUGGCUACUUCGAAGACUAUUCCCCAGGCCACCACCAUUCUCACCCCUGGCCCGAGUGGUCCAAAUUCAUCGACCAUAUCUCUGCUUCUGGAUAUUUUGAUAGCCCGCCGUGUGAGGGUGAAUUUGCGGCGGCAGGGCAAUUGCAAACCUCCUUUCUGCGUGAAGCCAGUGCUUGCUUGGCCUUUGCUCGGGACCGAAAGAACAUUUUGCGGCUACUUUCGAGGAGAGACAUAGAGGCGGUCAUCGAACAUGGCGCGCCAUUUCUGUUCCAAGACGCUGAGGAUUCUGUGAGAAAGAUGAGAUCUUUUAUAUCCAAUAGUACAAUCAGUGUAAGUGCCGAGUUUCCCUUUUAUUUUCGGAUGGAAGUUUGUGUUCCUGGCCAAGCUACACACCAGUCAUGGGAG